CAGUUAUUUUUCCAACGCUCUCGAGUGCGGGUCGUUUAACGCUUUGUGGUUGCCAGAUAGCGAGAGAGAGGCAAGCUUUUUUUGCCGAAGCUUUCUAUACAAGUUGUCUGCCGAGUGCCAAACAAACAAUAAUAAUAAUAAACGUAAUUUAAACAAUUAAUCAAAACGCGGCGAUCAAUGAAACUUAUACAAAACCAAACAACAACAACAACAAGCAGCAACAAGUGCCAGUGAAUUAUUGUACUUAAUUUUUAUGUACAAAUUGUGAGUGUGUAUGUGUGCUUUUCUAAUACAUAUACAAUAAGUAUUUGUAACACGCGCAUGUGUUGGUGUAUUUCUGUAUUGUGCAUUUGCGUGUGUAUGUGUGUGUGAGCACGCGGCUUUAUCAAUUGCUCCACAUAAAAAUUCAUUGAAGUGUUUGACAGCAACGAAAACAGCGACGGCAGCAGAAGCAGCAGCGACGGCGACAGCUUAAAACGCAGGCAAAGGAGCGAAAGAGAAAGGGAGAGACAGCGAGAGCGAGACAACAAAUCGAAUCGGUGCGGUGUGGUUUUGACAAUAUGUUGAGCCCACCAUAAUGAAGGAAAUUGAUACCGAGACAACAGUAGUAUGGCCAGCCUGGUGUUAUUCCGGUAACACGCCCACCGACAUUUUGCAGCAGAGACCAGCGAAGGCGACGACGGCAACGCCAGUGAAACAUCAGAACGAGGAGCAGGAACAACAGUUCAAUUCAUUGCCCGCGGCGGCGGCCACCAAGCGGAAGCAUCUCGAGCGGCUGGCCAGCGAUCUACGCCAGCAACAACAGUAUCUCAACAGCAGCAGCAGCAGCCACUACAAUAACAACCACAGCAACACGGCGAAAAUGCUCAGCGAGCGUUCGCUGCUGCUCAGCGGCUACGGCGCCAUCGAUAGCUCGAAGAAGCUGUGCGAGGCCAGCAGCCCAACGACGACAACAGCAACGGUUGCUGGCGCUGCAGCGACGGGCAACAGCAGCAGCAUCAUGCAGGCAGCAACACCCUCAGCCACAGCUGCCGGCAGCAAUACCUCAAGCUCAACCUCCUCCUCCAGCUCCUCGGGCUCAUCGUCGUCCGUCUCAGCGUCGUCUGCCUCCUCAGCAGCCACUGCAGCAGCAGCCACAGCGGCAGCAGCAGCUGCUGCUUAUGCCGCAUUGUACUUGGAGAAGGUGAAGCAUGAGAAGCUGUCGUUGCCGUUGGAUUCCUUAAAGGAUGCACUCAUGGAGUCGUCGGCUAUUGCCAACAUGCACAACAACAACAACAUUUCAACAGUCAGCAACAACAACAACAUCAGCAACAACAACAGUAGCAACAGCAAUAACAACAGUAGCAACAACAGCAGUCAUCAGCAACAGUUGCUCGCCAUCAACAGCAGCAACGUCAAACGGGAGCGACUCAGUCCCGCCACCAACAUCAUCAACAGCAGCAACAACAACAACAACACUAGUAACAACAACAACAAUGGCGAAGUGUCUGUUUCAGCGGCAUUUGCCAGAUCUCGCAGCGCCACGCCCUCAUCGGUGUCGUAUAGGGGCGGCGGUGGCGGUGGCAUUUCACCCAAUCAACAGCAACAGCAACGUUUAAGUCCGCCCAGCUCGACACAAACAGCUCACAUGCCCCUCCACAAUUUGUCCACAAAUCUGUUGAACAGCUUUCAACAAGCCGCUGCGGCAAGCAGUCAACGCAGCUCAGCUGCCACAGCAGUUAAUAAUGCCACAAGUGGCGCCACCAGCGCUGGCAGCACUGGCAACAGUCCAGCUGCAGUUGCUGCAAAUGCGGCAGCGUCAACCACAAAUGCCACAGAUUUCUCCACGCGCAACUAUUCGGAUAUUAUGCGCUGCCUUGCAGCCAAGUACAACAACAACAAUCCCAAUGAUCACAAUGCGACGCGUCGCAAUUCGUACUACGACAGCAGCGGCAGCACUGGCGCCACCGUUGGUGGCAUCAAUGUGCCUGCAACGAAUGCAACAGGUGGCGCCAAGUCGAGCAGCGGCGGCGUUGGCAGCGUGAGCAGCAACAAUACAAGCAACAGCAACAACAACCACAGCAGCAGCAGCAGCAGCAGCAAAAAGCUGCGCGAUGCAAAGGAGUCCACACUCGGCGUGGGCGGUGUGUCGGUGGUAGGCGUGGCAGGCGGUGUGCCAGGUGCUGUUGUGGUGCCGGGCGGCAACAGUCAGCUGCCACCAGCUGCCGCACAAUCGCCAACGGAGCAGGCCAAGAGCCAAAUGGCCGCUGUGGUGGCCGCUGCCAGUGUUUCGCCUUUCAUGACCAACUUUCUGCCCUUCUCGGGUGGCAUUUUUCCGCCCCUCAUGGACAUGAGCAGCACCCAAGCAUUGCUGACGCUGGCGCGUGCUGCCAAAGAUGCCGAGAUACAGCAAAUACUGCGGGGCAAGCAGCAGCAACAGCAGCAGCAGCAGCAACAACAACAGCAGCUGAAAGGCAGCAGCAGCAAUGCCUCAUCGCCCAGUGGCAGCACAUCGGGCACGCCACGUCCCAGUUUGAAUGCAGCGCUGCAGCAGGCGGCGCAAUUUGUUACACCCGCUUUAAUCUAUUCGGCGCAACUGCAGCAGCAGCAACUGCAACAACAGCAGCAGCAGCAACAACAACAAUCGCAUCACGCCUCGCGUCAGUCUAGUCCACGUUCCAAUGCGGAGGCUGCUGCGGCGCCGAAUGUGGCAACUUCUGAUGCUGCUUCGUCGGCAGCAGCGACGGCGCCUCUGGACUUGAGCUCACAGCCGCCAGCUGCCAAACGUUUUAAGGCUGAAUCAUCUACAGCAGCAGCGACAGCAACAGCAACCACUGCUGCUGCUGCUGCAACGCUGGGCUUGCUGGGGGCACGUCGUGCCAGCUCGUCAGCAACAACAGCAACGACAACAACAGCAACAACAUCUUCCACACCAUCCCCGCCACUUGCAGAGCAGAAACCAACACUCGAUGCACUCGAGGGCCAAGGCAAUGCCAACGCCAACGCAACAGCAGCAGCAGCAACUUCGACAGCAACAGCAGCAACAUCGCCAGCGGGCACAGUGCGUCAGUGUCAGGCGCAAAGCGAGGAAGUGAACUCCUGGUCUGUGGACGAUGUCUGCACCUUUGUGGGUGGAAUUGAUAUAUGCGCCGAAUACGUACAGCACUUUCGUGAUCAGAGCAUAGAUGGCACGGGCUUGCCGCUGCUAACCGAGGAUCAUUUGGUUAGCUCGCUGGGCAUGAAACUGGGGCCGGCAUUGAAGCUGCGCUCCAUAUUGGCGAAGAAAUUGGGCGGGCCGUGUCCGUGUGUUGCGUGCGUUGCGCAGGCGCAACAGAUGUUGGCGCUGCAAACGGGAGGCACAACAUCAACAUCAACAACAGCAGCAGUGGCAACAACAACCAGCAGCAACAUAACGACAACGACAGCAGCAGCCGCAGCAACAACAACAACAACUGUAACUAGUUGCAGCAGCGGCAGUUUGUUGAACAGUAGCAGCAACAACAGCAACACGGCAACCGAUAACUGCAAUGGGCCCAGCAACAUGUCCAACGAUGUUGCUGCAACAAUGUUGCCCUGCAGCUUUGAUGCUGCCGACAGCAACAGCAACAUUUACAACAGCAACAACAACAACAACAGCAACAAGGAUGCUGCCAGCUAGUUUUGUGUCACAAUCGCGCAAAUGAAUGCAGAAAACAACAAUAAUAAUUAAUUUAAUUAGAUUUAUGCAUGCUAACAAAUUGCAUUUCAACUGCAAAUGUUGUACCAAAAGAGCUUUCAAAUGAAGUUAAAACACAACACACAACACAAUAACAACAACUACAACAAAAACACAGACAUAAGUUAAUUAAAAAUACGUUAAAGUUAAUUUAAAUUAAUUUCAAAUAAUCAUUGCUAAAGUUGUAAACUUUAAGCAGCACCAGCAACAACAACAAUCGCAAAGUCUUCCAUUUGCAUGAACGAAAAAAAAACAAGAAAAGCAAAAAAUAACACUUAAAGUUAUAAACAUUUAAACAAUCAAUUACCAAUUAAUCAAUUGAACGAGGAAUUAGUCAAUUACAAGUGAGUUUUUUUUUAAUGAUGAAUUACAUUUACAAUUACAACAAAACAAACAAUAACGAUUACGUACUUAAUUACAACUGUCUAUUAUAUUUAUUUUAACAUAUUUGCAAAUUUCGUUUAUAACUGCUAGUCAGUAAUAUAUAUAACAAUAUUAUUAUUAUUAUUAUUAUUAUUACUAUUACAAUUAUGAUUUAGUGACGAUUCGGAGAACUUAAAGCGACAAAUUUCAAAUUUUUCCACACACUUGAUUUCCUUAUUUGUUUAGCAAAGAAAAGGCUAUUUAUUAUUAUUUGUAUUUUGUAUUUUAAUCUUUAUUUAAUAUUAUUUUGUAUGUUUACGUUUAAUGAGUAUACUUUUUGAAAUUUUUGCAUUGUUUUAAAUAAUCAUAAUAAUAAUUUUUGCGGCCAUUGCAUAUUGGAAUUCCAAAUUCGAAAUUCAAAAAUAAAAUUUAGUGAAAAAAAGAUGAAAAAACAAAACAAAGUUAGAAAUUUAAGAGCUCCAAGACUUGAAGACAACAAACAAAACAAAAAAGAGAAAAACAAGAAAAAACAGCAAAUGCAUUGUACAUAUUGUUUUAUUUAAUUACAUAUAUACAUUACGUUAUAGUUAAUAAUUAUAUAUUAUGUAUAAUGUAGACAACUGCAACUGGAAACUUAACAAAUCAAAAUGUAAUGUUUUAGACAAGACAAGAAAAGAAAUGAUUUAUAUUUUAUAAACAAAUAUAUAGCUAUUUUUCACACAAGCAAAUAUACGUAAAC